GUGGCCGACGGUGUGCGGCGAACAUGGCGGAGCGCGUGAAGAAGCGGCCCUGCGGCCCGGGUGAACAUGGCCAAAGGGUCGAGUGGCGAAAAUGGAAGCAGCAGAAGAAAGAGGAGAAAAAGAAGUGGAAGGAUCUCAAGCUGAUGAAAAAACUGGAGCGGCAGCGGGCACAGGAAGAACAGGCAAAGCUCCAACAGGAAGAGGCAACUGCACAGAGGGAGGACCAGGGUCGGCCCUACACCCUGAGUGUGGCCCUGCCAGGCUCCAUCCUGGACAAUGCCCAGUCACCGGAGCUCCGCACCUACCUGGCUGGCCAGAUUGCCAGAGCCUGCACCAUCUUCUGUGUGGAUGAGAUUGUGGUGUUCGACGAAGAAGGCCAAGAUGCCAAGACCGUGGAGGGAGAAUUCAGGGGAGUCGGCAAGAAGGGGCAGGCAUGCGUGCAGCUGGCCCGGAUCCUGCAGUACCUGGAGUGUCCACAGUACCUAAGAAAGGCGUUCUUCCCCAAGCAUCAGGAUCUCCAGUUUGCAGGGCUUCUGAACCCCUUGGACAGCCCUCACCACAUGCGUCAGGAUGAGGAGUCCGAGUUCAGAGAGGGCAUCGUGGUGGACCGGCCCACCCGGCCAGGCCACGGGUCCUUUGUCAACUGUGGCAUGAAGAAGGAGGUGAAGAUUGACAAGAACUUGGAGCCUGGACUUCGUGUGACAGUACAGCUGAACCAGAAGCAGCUCCCAGAAAGCAAGACCUACCGGGGAAGAGUCGUGUCAUCACAGGACCCUCGCACCAAAGCCGGUCUCUACUGGGGCUACACGGUCCGGCUGGCCUCCUGCCUCAGUGCUGUGUUUGCUGAGGCCCCCUUCCAGGACGGGUAUGACCUGACCAUUGGGACAUCAGAGAGAGGCUCGAAUGUGACCUCCGCCCAGCUGCCCAGCUUCAGGCAUGCUCUCGUGGUGUUCGGGGGCCUCCAGGGGCUGGAAGCUGGGGUGGAUGCUGACCCCAACCUAGAGGUGGCUGAACCCAGUGUCCUGUUCGAUCUGUACGUCAACACCUGCCCUAGCCAGGGCAGCCGCACCAUCCGCACCGAGGAGGCCAUCCUCAUCUCCCUGGCCGCCCUGCAGCCUGGCCUCACCCAGGCGGGUGCCCGGCCCAGCUGAAGGUUCCAGCAGGCCGAAGACCGCGAAGCAGCAGCAGGGAAGCCAGAGGCUCCUGAGGGGCCCCUGGGACAGACACAGCCAGGACUUUUGUCUCCAAAGAUCACCACCUUUAAUGCGACCCAGCCCCCACAGUCCGGCAGGGUACGGCCUUCACUUGCAGCCUGCAGUGAUGGCCUUGAGGCUGCCUGCCCGCGCCAGAAUAUUUGGCACAAAGAGCAGCCCCGAGGCCCGCUCGAUGCUCUCGAUGGGCACCAGGAAGCGCUCCAGCGGGACCGCCUCGUCCACAGGAGCGUUGGGCAUCACAUAGGAGCGGAGUUCGAUUUGCCCGCCUGCUGCCUCCAGGAUCAGCACCUUGAAGAAGUGGGUGGGCACCGCCACGUGGUUCUUGCCGAUGACCUGGUACUUCACAUAGGACUUGCCGUCAGCCUCCGUCCUGCGGGCAGACCCGGGCACACGAGGCCUUUCAGAGUUCCCGAGGGGUCUGCUCGGACCCGAGGCUGCACCUCUGAGAAGCCUUCCCCGGCCUGACUUCCACCUUGUGUCAGCCUGUAGAACUGCCCCCUUAGCAGGAGGCUUCUGUGCCCUUCUCAGCUCCCCCAGGAGGCUGGGGGCUCCCCGCAGGGUAGACACUCCCUUACCCUGUUUCCCUCAGGCCCAGCACUGGGUCAGGCAGGGUGGGUGGUGGCAAUAAAUGCAGCUGAGAGAAUCC